UUGGGAACCUCAGAGCAGAGCCAGCCCUGCUCGCAUCCUGUGCCCCCGUCCGGGUGGGCCAGCAGCCCCCCUCCCACUGGGACGACUAUGAGUCCCACCCUCCCUGCCCUGCUGUGCCUCGGGCUGUGUUUGGGCCACAGGAUGAGGGCGCAGGCAGACAAGCUCCCCAGACCCUCCCUCAGCGCAGAGAAUGGGUCACUGGGGCCCCUGGGGAGAAGGGUGACCUUGAGGUGCCGGGGGUCACCGGGAGCUGUUGAAUACUUUCUGGAGAAAGAGCUGGGCCAUGGAUUAAAACGUAUCGAGUAUGUGCAAUCAGAGGAAGUUGAGGUCGAGUUUUCCACCCCAUGGAUGACACUGAAUGACACAGGAACCUACUUCUGUCACUACAGAACAGCGUCCCUCUGGUCAGAGCUCAGUGACCCCCUGGAGCUGGUGGUCACAGACCGCUAUGACCCGCCCUCCCUCUCGGCCUGGCCCAGCUCCGUGGUGGCCAAAGGACAGGCCGUGACCCUCCGGUGCUAUUCAGGGAAUCGAUAUGACCGCUCUGCCCUGUACAAGGACGGAGAACAAGUCACCAAAGCCCCAGCCCAUGUCCUUGCUGAGGGGGCUCAGGCCGAUUUCUCCAUCCCUGCUGUGACUUCUGCCCAUGGAGGGACGUACAGAUGCUACAGCUUUCAAAGUCUCUCCCCCCAUGAGUGGUCAUUCCCCAGUGACUCCCUGGAGCUCAAGGUCACAGGUCCUACAGCCCAGGAUUACACGGUGGGCAACGUCAUCCGCCUCGGUCUGGCCGGGCUGGUGCUCGUCCUCCUGGGGCUCCUGCUGGGUGAAGCUUGGAAUGGCUGCAGGGGAGGCCCAGGGGGAGCUCCCGCGUCUUCUGACAGAGGGGAAGGCAAAGCUGGGGGAAGGAGAACGUCUUCUUCCACAUUCAUCGCUGGGUGGGAGCAGGGCAUGAACGUGGGGAAGGCCACUCUGACCCCAUCCUGUGCCAGGGAAGCUCCGCUAAGAGCCCUGCACUCACCCUCGGGCACCAUGGCCCCCACGCUCGCUGCCCUGCUCGGCUUCGGGCUUAGUCUGUGCUGGGAGACCUGGGCACAACAAGAGGAAUUGCCCAAACCCUCCCUCAGGGCUGAGCCCAGCUCGGUGGUCCCCCAAGGGCAGCCCGUGAUCCUCUGGUGUAAAGGGUCCCCUGGGGCUGGUGUGCACCGCCUGAGGAAGACAGGAAGCAAUAGUUUUGUGGAAGCUUUUCCAGCUGGGCAGGAAGCCUGGUUCAUCAUCUAUAACAUAGCAGCGAGCUCUGCUGGGAGCUACCAGUGUCUCUACCAAAGCCUGUCAGGGUGGUCAGAGCCCAGUGAGCCCCUGGAGCUGACGGUGACAGGGCUUUUCCCACCACCCUCCCUCUCGGCCUGGCCCAGCUCCAAGGUGGCCCCAGGACAGGCUGUGACCCUCCAGUGCCAUUCCCAGCUGUCCCAUGACCGGUCUGCCCUGUACAAGGUCGGAGAACAGGUCACCCAGGCCCCGGCCCAGCCCCAUGCACGGGCGUCUCAGGCCAAUUUCUCCAUCCCUGCUGUGAACUCCACCCACGGAGGGACGUACCGAUGCUACAGCUUUUGGAGUCUCUCCCCCCAUGAGUGGUCAUUCCCCAGUGACGCCCUGGAGCUCAGGGUCACAGCUUCAGCCCCAGCUUCCUCGGCUCUCACGGCAACCAUCUUGCUGGGCCUCUCCGCGCUGCUCAUCCUGCUCUUCCUCCUCCUCCUCCUCUGCUGUCGCCGCCAUCGGGCCAGAAUCGGCAACGGGAGCAGAGGGGCGGAGGCCGAGAAGACCCCCAAGAGCUCAGACCCCGCUGCGACCCCCAUGGAGGAGCCGCUGUACGCUGCUGUGGAGGACGGCAGCCGGACACCGGCCGGACCGGAGGACACAGCCGCGCCCCCCGGGGAGGACCCUCGGCAAGUGACGUACGCCCAGCUGAAGCUCAAGGCCGAGCCCCAGGACCCUCCCGGCUCGGGCCCAGGCCCGCCCUGCCUGUACGCCGCCCUGCGCUGAGCUGAGCCGAGCCCCGGGACCCGGAGGGAGCGUGCCCAGCAUCCAACCUGGCUGCCCGGGCCGCCGCCAAGCCCCGCUCCCCGCUGUGGCCCCCAGGGGCUGGGCAGCGCCUGUGCCCGGCGCCGGACAUGGGAGGGGCUCCCUGCUGGGAAGGCCCCGGGGUCUCCCGGAUGGAAGGAUCCAGAGCGACUCGGAGCCGGAAGCCGCCGCCCCCAGGACUGGAGCGGGAGGAGACCUGGCCUCGGAGCCGGCUCCGGGGGACCGAGGGGGGCGCGCUGAGGGCACCGCAGGAAUAAACGCGCUUCAGCUCCACGUCUCCUGGAUUGGCCCGCGGCGGGGGGGGGGGGGGGUGUUUCCCGAGGCUUGGCCCGGGUCUCCCGGCCUCGGCGCUGCCUCCCCCCGCCCCUCUGGCUGCUCCCCAUCCUCUCCGGCCGGCCCCGGGCCCCUCCUCACCGCGCGACCCGGGGCUGGACGCGCUGCCCCUUUCCCGGAGCCCGCCGCUAUCCUAUCUCCCCCCUCCCCACAUUUCCUCGCCUAAGGCCCGGGGGGUCAAUGGCGGUCCGGGUGGGGGAGGGACAGGAGCUUUCGCCCUCCCAGGACAGACCACGGCCAGGGUCCCCGGCUAGACUUCCUCCCCAGGGCUCCGGGGUGCGAGCGGGCGGCCC